AUGGGGUCCGGUAUCAAAUACCUGGGUCUCCGCCUUUACGGAAAAUGGAGUUUCGAGCGCCACUUUGAGGGGUUGGCCCUCAGGGUGGCCAGAGCCGCCGCCAGUUUGGGGCGGCUCAUGCCCAACCUGGGGCCAAAUGUGGGGGCUCGCCGGCUCUACGCGGGGGCGCUGCAGGCUACGGUCUUAUACGGCGCCCCCGUGUGGGCCGGCAGAGUAGUGAAGUGGCAGGGGGGUUCACGAUGCCUUCGCGGUGCUCUCAGGGACUCCGUGGUGUGGGUGGCCUUCUUCGCCUUCUCCAGCAGUGUUAUGCUGCGUAAGGGGAAGCGGAGAGGGCCAGGAUUAGGGAUGGUUUGCGGACUCGUGAGGCCGAAGGAGGAAGCGGAGAGGGAAGGAUGGAUCCCUCCCUCCGUGCAACAAGGAGAGGCGGUGGGCAUCGGGGUGUUCCCCGGCGCGCACCGCGUAGGGUUAGUGAUUGACCAGAAACGGCUAGAAUUGGCCAACAGGAGAGGUGCUGUGUUUCAUCAGGACAAUGCCAGGCCACAUAUGUCUAUAGCGACUCGUCAGAAACUCCGGGAGCUUGGUUGGGAAUGGACGGUUUUGAGGCAUCCACCAUAUAGUCCGGCGCCAAGUGAUUAUCAUGUUUUUCUUGCAUUGCAAAACUUCCUUAGUGAUAAGAAAUUGACAUCAAGAGAAAUUUGUGGAAAUCGAUUACUAGAAUUUUUCGCCAAUAGGAACCAAGACUUCUAUGAGAGAAGCAUUAUGAAGAUACCUUUAAAAUGGCAACAAAUUAUAAAUCCAAACGGUGCA